AUGGUCGGAACUAGGCGCAACCUACUUGGCGGCAAUGGCAACGUUAACGGAAAUGGCAAAGGCAACGAUUUCAACAAGUAUCAACGUGUCGAUUUGGAAAGUGGCUAUGGCUCAAUCAAUCCUGUACGCCCGCGACAGAAGUUCCGUGAUGCGAUCGAGCAGACGCUGAGGGAGCAUCGUGCCACGGAUAUGAAGAAGAAGCUGAUUGAAAACGUCGACCAUGCCGCCCUGGAGAAAUACAGGAAAAGCGACGAAAGCCUCAAAUGCAUAGCGAACAAGAAGGUUCGUGCCUUCUACAAGGAACAAAACCAGCGUCUAGAUGAUUGGCUAGAAGUCGAUAUGGUAGUCUCUUCACUUGCAGACGACAUAGUCGACAGCAUGAACCCGGCAGACCCCGACCAUGACGGCGUAGCGGAAGACCGAGGGCCGUUGGGUAUUAGCGGUGAGAGUCUGGAGCCGUUCCUCCCAGAAGAUGAACGAGCGAGGCGAGCCAAGUCCGCGAAACAUGUGAGAUGGGCUAUCAAUAUCAACGUCAUAGUAAAUAUUCUACUAUUGGCGGCUAAAGGCGUAGCUGCCAUUUGGUCAAACUCGCUCUCCUUGAUCGCGUCGCUCGUUGACUCUGCACUUGACCUACUCUGUACGAUCAUCAUCUGGACUACUAACAAAUUAGUGCGUUGGCGACUUAUGAAGCUUAAAAAGAAAUUCCCCAUCGGACGGCGACGUCUUGAACCGCUCGGCAUUCUCGUCUUCUCAAUCAUCAUGGUUAUUUCCUUCAUGCAGAUUCUGCAAGAGUCCGUGAAGAAGCUGCUACCAGGCGGUGACCGCGACGUAGCCGAGCUACCACCUGCGGCUAUCUUUGCCAUGGUAGCAACCAUUGUUACGAAAGGCACCAUAUGGAUCGGAUGCGCACGGGUGAAGACAACCCAAGUUCGUGCGUUAUCGCAAGAUUGCAAAACGGAUGUCUAUUUCAAUACGCUCUCCCUUCUCUUCCCGUUGAUCGGCCACAAGCUCAAUGUCUGGUGGCUUGAUCCCGUAGGCGCUACCAUCCUAUCGCUCUUCAUCAUCUACGACUGGGCAGGCACAUGUCUCGAGAACGUCACCCGACUGACAGGCGAAGCGGCAAGUGACCGCGUGGAGCGUAAGAUGAUGUACAUGGCGUACCGAUUUGCGCCGCUAGUAGAAGGGUUCAAGAGCAUCAAGUGCUAUCACGCGGGUGAUGGCGUGUGCGUGGAGAUUGAUGUGUUGAUGCCUGAGGAAGCGCCGUUAAGGAAGUGUCAUGAUGUUGCAGAGACCUUACAAUAUUGUCUUGAGGGAUUAGAUGAGGUAGAUCGGGCGUUUGUGACCAUGGAUUACACAUCGCAAGGUCCGACGGGACAUGCAACAGCGGAUGGUGGAUAA